UACAGGUAGCUUUGUUAGUUGAAGGUGCAUAUAUAUCAAAUAAAAAAAAUUUAUAUCAAAGUCAUCUUGCUAAAUGUGAGAAUUUUAAGAAUAAUUGUGAUGCUAAAGAACGUGAUCAAAUAUUGGCGCUUCCUGUUGCUGAAGAUAAAAAACAAAAAAAAGAUACUUCAGUCAAAGCAGAAGUAAUAAAAGCUGUACAAUUAGACUUAGAUAGUGUAACAGCAGUAUUUGACAGAUGGAGUAAUGUUAAACAAGAGUAUAUUUGGAGAAUUGUCUUUAUUACUUCACAAGGAAGAGCACUAAUUUGGGGCACUCAUGAAAUUAGUUCAGAGAGAUCCAAAACUGCCAAU